UCAGCAUCAAGCUAUCCUAUGUUCAAAUUUUAUUAAGGAGUCGUUUUUCGGAACCGUACAGUUAUACGACCGCGUAUGCCCUAUAGUUGUGCGUUUUCAACAAUGAAGUCACUUGUACUAGGUUUCUACCUCGCGGGGAUGCUUUUUCCCGGUGUUUUUUCGGGGCCGAUCGAAACGACGCGGGGUCUACUAGCGCCCCAAACAACCGCUCCUCCGCCCCCCGGCUCGGGCGACUCAUCGACCCAGGACACGUCGCGGCUCGACCAGCUUGACGCGCCCGGGAGCUCAUCUCUGCCGGGCGCGCUGCUCAGCCGCUCCAAGUCCGGACGGUCCGGGAAAGGUUCCGUGCGGGAUGUGUCGGUGAGCUGCAGGGAGUCUGAGAUGGUGGUGAGAGUGAGAAAGGACUUCUACGGCUUCGGGUAUCGUGACGCGCGGCUGACCCUGGGUCCUGACUGCCAGCCCAGUAGCCUGGACGAGGAUACGGGGGACCUGCUCUUCAAAUACAACCUCCUCGACUGCGGCAGUCGAAGACUAAUGCCACCGGGCUACGUUGUUUAUAAGAACUUCCUCCAUUAUAUCCCGAAUCAACGCGCAGCAGCAGCCCGCGGGCUACCGCGUAUCAACGUUGAGAUCGAGUGCUACUAUUCUAGAAAAAACGAUGACGUCUCCUUUGAAUCCAGCAAAGACGACACGGUCUUUGAUUUAAAACUGAUGAAUGAUGCUUGGACUGCAGUUUCCAAGACCAACAUCUAUAACUCUGGAGACCAACUUCAUGUCCAGGCAUCGUGUUAUCCUGCCUUUGAUGGAGAAAAGCUUUUCAUUAAUCACUGCUUUACAACCCUUUCUGGCCACCCAAAGCCCACUCCACAGUACAUCCUGGUUGACAACUUGGGCUGUGCCAAUAACAGGAUGGGAGCCAAGUUUGUUUCCCCUAGAGCCGACGAUGCAAUUAACCUUGCCUUUGAUACAACGCCCCUUAAGGAUAUGGAGAUCUACCUGCACUGCUCCAUGUUCUUGUCUACUCCAGAGACCACAGAGGGUUCCAAGUCCUGUAAUUAUUGUGCAGCUACAAAAAGGUGGAAAGACAUUGGACAGGUGGCUGAUGGCGUAUGUGACUGCUGUAACUCUAAUUGCACUGCUAAGAUGAAGACCAACUUACCUCGAGAUCUUAAGAGCCUUGGCCCCAUAGUGAUAAAGGGAGCUUCUCGCAGUAGGGGAGCUGGACUGUUUCCUGGGGCUGAAAUUCUCUGGUUUCAGGCAAAAGGUGGGGAUCAUGGUCAAGGGCAUAAACAAGACUUCCAACUGGAUGAGGAAGAUAGCAGUGGUGAUGCUGAGGAGGAUGAAGGAAGUGAGAGUGAUUUUGGAGAGGAAGAUAGCAGCAGUGGUGGUGAUGCUGAGGAGGAUGAAGGAAGUGAGGGUGAUUUUGGAGAGGAAGAUAGCAGUGGUGAUGCUGAGGAGGAUGAAGGAAGUGAGAGUGAUGGUGAUGAUGAGAAGGAAGAUUCUGAAGGGGAUGAGGAGGAUGAAACUGGGGAUGAAGAAGAAGAGGAGGAGGAGGAGGAGGAGGAUGAUGAGUGGGCUUUAACUACAGAGCAGCCUGAAAGUGACCCAGAUACACCUGCAGCAGACCAGCAUACCACCCCUGCUGGUGUGGGGACUCGGAUGCCCUCUCCUCCAGCAGCGGUAGUAGUGAGCUCUUCACCACCAGUGCAGACCACAAUGAAGGCUAAUGUCACUCUGAGCCCAGGGCCUCUGCUGCAGGAAGCUGACAACGGCACGUCCCCAUCCCCAACCUCGCAAGAACGGCCAGAGCUGCUGUCUGAGGAGGAUUAUGAGGAUUCUGAGGAGUUUGGGCUUGAGGAGGACUAUGAGAGUGGUGAUGACCUGGCUGAGCCUCAGUCUGACCAGGCUGUGCUCGCGCCAGGUACGCUAGCCCGUGAAGAUGGUGUCCCUUUGUCCUUGACUCCCUCUGGUGUUGAAGGAGCUCAGAAAGGGGAUGACGAACACAAGGCCAUGAUGUCACAGUAGCCUCUUCCAUUUGGCAAAGAAGGCUAGUGUAUUCCUGUGGAGGGACUUUACCUCCUGCCUCUGCAGCUGGGAUGAAUGAUUGCAGUAGGUGCGAAACUGAUCUGUAAGGCCUGUAAUUUUGCAAAAUAAAAGUCAGUCUUGAUGGGGUUUCUUUUUUUCA